AUGGCUAGUCCUCCUGUACUCGCUUUCGAUGCUGAGGGCCGCCCAGUGAAAUUCGACACCUGGCUAGAUGACCUGCACCUCUUCCUACAGCUCACUGCCAAGGAGGACAUCUCACUGUACGAUCACGCCCUAGGCCAUGCUACUGCCCCUGAUACUUCUGCUGACAGCACUGCCCGCUCACAGUGGCAGACUCGUGACGCCCACGCUCGCUUUGCUAUUCGCAACUCCCUGCCGAUAGAUGAGCGCGAGCACUUUGGCCAGCACAAGACUGCUAAGGAACUGUACACUGCUGUCGUUGCUCGCUACUCCUCACCUGCUUCUGCCGCACUAGGCCGCCUCUCACUCCCCUACCUGUUCCCCGACCUGGCCUCCUUUCACACAGUUGCUGACCUCAUCACCCACCUCAAGACUAGUGAGGCCCGCUUCCGCGCUGCUAUGCCCGAUGAGUUCCUUGCUAUUACCCCCCCCCCGCUCUGGCUCACUCUCUACCACAUCGUCACCCGCCUCCCUGACUCUCUGCGCGCAGUCAGGGAUCACUUCCUAGCUCGCUGCCCCACUGAGCUCACCAUUGCCCUCCUCGAGAAGGAACUACUUGCAGCUGAGGCGAGCAUCGUCGCUGUAGGUGCCUCUCGUGGCGACCCCCGCACCCCUUUCUUUGAGGGGUGUUCCCCUUCCCCCCUUCUCCCCUCUGUAGCCUCUGCUUCUGCUGUCGACCUCCUUGGUGCUGAGAAGGUCGGGACGGCGUCCGCACUGAGUGGGCGCCGCAGGAACAGAGGGGGCAGGGGUGGAGGUGGCGGCGGGGGAGGCGGGGGUGGAGGCGGUGGGAGUGGAGGUGGGGCUGGAGAGGCUAGUGGCGGCAGUGGGGGUGGUGACGGCAGCGGCGGGGGCGGUGGCAGGGGCGGGGGCGGCAGCGGGGGCGGAGGUGGUCGUGGCAGCGGCAGGGGAGGAGGUGGUCGAGGAGGUGGCGGCGGCGGUGGUGGUCGUGGAGGCGCUGGCGGUGGUCUGAGCCAGCAGCACACUCCGUCGCUCCAGGAGGCCCGUGAGUGGUAUUCGCAGCGCCGGGGGGCGGGUGGCUUUAGCUGCACGUACGUCAUCCGCACUGGUGACCGCACUGGUCAGCCGUGUGGGAGGCCGCACCCCACGCAGCGCUGUUUCUCGCGCCUUGACGACGCUUGGCGCACCCAGUUCCCUGAUGCCACUGAGCUGCCCCGCUGGGCUGAUCUGGAGAGGAAGGGAGUUGAUAUCUGGGCUCUAGACUUUGAUGCUAUUAUCACUGCCAUGUAUGCGAUGUUUACUAGUGGAGAGGGUGCUCAGUACCUGCGUGUUCCGCCCGAUCCGGGCAUACUGACCAGUGAGGCUGCCGCUCUAGGUGCUAGUGAGACUGCCACUGCAGGUACUCGCGUGUCUGCUACCUCAGGUGAUGGUGAGGCUGUCGCUCUAGGUGCUAGUGAGUCUGUCCCCCCUGGUACUGAGUCGACUGAGGCACUGCACACCUUCACCCUAGACUCAGGUGCUUCUCGCUGUUUCUUUCGUGACCGCACUGCCCUUGAGCCGCUUGCUCGGCCAGUUGCUGUCUCCCUCGCUGACCCCUCUGGGGGUCCGGUCAUUGCGACCUCCUCCACUGUUCUUCCCUGUCCUGCGGUCCCGUCGGGCACACUGUCAGGUCUCCACCUCCCCUCGUUCUCUACGAACUUGGUGGCGGGUUGUGCGCUCCAGGAUGCGGGUGUUCACCAGUUCACCCCUGCCUACGAGCGCGUGACACACUGCACGUGUGCUCGGACGGGCCGUCACCUGGCUACCUUCACUCGGCAGCCGGGGUCGGACCUGUACACACUGACCACUGAGUCCCCUCAGGUAGCCGCGUCCGCGUCUGCGUCAGGUCAGCUGUCGGCCCCCUGCUCGUGUCGCUCUCUGGCGCACGAGACCGUCCUCUGGCACCACCGACUUGGUCACCCGUCUGUGCAGCGCCUUCGUGCCAUGCACAAACGGCACCUUGUCUCUGGUCUUCCCAGGGUUCUCCCUCCCCUCCCGUCCUCGUCUGCUCCUCCCUGUCUUCCCUGUGUCGAGGGGCGGCAGCGCGCCGCUCCUCACUCCUCCUCCUUUCCCCCGACAACUGCUCCCUUGCAGACGCUCCACCUGGACGUGUGGGGCCCAGCCCGCGUCCGUGGACAGGGUCAGGAGAGGUACUUCCUGAUUGUUGUUGACGACUACUCGCGCUACACCACGGUCUUCCCCUUGCGCACCAAGGGUGAGGUCCCUGAUGUCUUGAUCCCUUGGAUCCGCAGAGCUCGUCUCCAGCUCAGCGAGCGUUUCCGCUCGGACUUUCCUGUCCUGCGUUUGCACUCUGACAGAGGUGGUGAGUUCUCCUCCGACCUCCUGGCAGCCUACUGUGCGGAGCACGGCAUUGAGCAGUCGUUCACGCUUCCGGCCUCUCCACAGCAGAAUGGGGUUGCUGAGCGCCGCAUUGGCUUGGUCAUGGAGGUCGCUCGUACCUCCUUGAUCCAUGCGGCUGCCCCCCACUUUCUGUGGCCGUUUGCUGUCCGAUACGCUGCGCAUCAGCUCAACCUCUGGCCCCGUGUCUCCUUACCGGAGACUUCCCCGACACUGCGUUGGACGGGAGAGGAUGCGUCGCGUUUUCGGGUCUGGGGAUCCCGAGCUUUUGUUCGCGAUACGUCCGCGGACAAGCUCUCCUCUCGCGCUGUUCCUUGUGUCUUCCUUGGCUUUGUCCUGGACGCGCCUGGUUGGCAGUUUUACCACGUCACCUCGCGCCGGGUUCUGCCUUCUCAGGACGUCACUUUUGACGAGUCCGUCCCCUACUACCGCCUCUUCCCCUACCGCACUGCCCCGCUCCCCCCCCCGCCUCUCUUCCUCGCGCCAGGUGCUGCUGUGGUAGACCCCCUCCCCCCUCAGGGUGCCGCUCCCUCAGGUGUGUCCCAGGUAGACCCGGUUGAGCCUGUCGAGGUAGCUGUCGACUCUCGUCCUGCUAGGGGUGCUGAGCCUGCGCGUGAGGAGCCUGGCGGUGCUGAGUCUGGGGGUGCGGAGCCUGGGGGUGCUGAGCCUGCGGGUACUGAGCCUGGGGGUGCGGAGCCUGGGGGUGCUGAGCCUGGAGGUGCGGAGCCUGGGGGUGCUGAGCCUGAGGGUGCUGAGUCUGGGGGUGCUGAGCCUGGGGGUGCUGAGUCUGGAGGUGCUGAGUCUGGCGGUACUGAGCCUGGGAGUGCUACACCUGGAGGAGCCCUCUCCUCGCAGCAGCUGCAGGAGAGGUACCUACAGUACUGCAGCCUCAGGAGAGGUGCUGCUGGAGCUGGUACCAGUGCUUCCCCUCCUACCCGGGAGCUCCCCUCCCUUCAGCAGAUCCGAGAGUGGUACACGCGACGCUGCAGUCUUCGGAGUGGCGCUCCUGGUGUUGCGGACCCUGGUACUGCAGGGGCUACUGGUGCUGAGGAGCCGGGCGCUGGAGCUGCUGCUGGUGCUGAGGACCCGGACGGUGGAGCUGCUGCUGGUGCUGAGGACCCGGGCGGUGGAGCUGCUGCUGGUGCUGAGGACCCUGACGUUGGAGCUGCUGCUGGUGCUGAGGACCCUGACGUUGGAGCUGCUGCUGGUGCUGAGGACCCGGACGUUGGAGCUACUGCUGGUACUGAGGACCCUGACGCUGGUGUCUCUGCUGGUUCUGGAGACGCUGCGCAGCCGCGACCGUACUUCGUGCCGCUCCUUCAGCAGGUUCUUGGUCAGACUCCUCCUCCUUGUCCUCCUUCCUCCUUAGAGUGUCCUCCGUCUGUCCAGUCGCAGUCACAGUUACCGCCUGCCUCGCCUCUCCCUGGUCCCUCCCCUUACACUGGUCCGACAGGAGGUCUUACGGAGCGUCGUGAGCCUGAGUCUCGUCCUGCGUCGCCUGUUCGUACUUCUCGCACUGGUCGUCGUGUCCCACGUGAGCAUCCUCCUCCUGUCCCUGGCACUCACUACAUGACUCUGCGUCCCUCCACUGCUCCUCAGCGUGUCCCUCUGCCGUCUCCUCCUGCGUCCUCUCUACCUACUCUUCCUGACCCGGAGUCUGACUCCCGUCGUGCUGCCAGUCCCACUGUCACGCGUCUCCUCGCCACUGUUGUCACUGACCCUACCUUUGAGUCCUCUGCUGCGUCUGCUCUGGUCGCUGAGUUGGUUGACUUUGCUGCCCGGUGUCGUCUAGACUACGCCGCUAGCCUUGUUGCUGAGUCUGAGUCUGUCUGUCCUCCGUCCGUCGGGGGUGAGUGUGCUCUUGGCACGGACGUCCUUGAGGACAGACAGGAGGAGUUCCAGUGCUUUGCUGCUGCUUUGCCCCAUCUCGUGUCCAUGCUAGUUGCCCCUAAGGGAGACCCGGAUGCACCAGACAUCCCGACCCCGCGCUCUUACGCAGAGGUGAUAGCGGGUCCCUACUCCUCUCAGUGGCAGACAGCCAUGGACGCAGAGAUGGCUUCCUGGAAGUCCACAGGCACCUACGUCGACGAGGUUCCCCCACCUGGGGCGAACAUCGUCAGUGGCAUGUGGAUUUUCAGGGUGAAGCGGCCGCCGGGUUCUCCUCCUGUCUUCAAGGCGCGCUACGUUGCUCGAGGCUUCAGUCAGCGAGAGGGAGUAGACUUCUUCCAGACCUUCUCCCCCACCCCAAAGAUGACCACUCUUCGGGUGCUGCUGCACAUAGCCGCUCAGCGCGACUACGAGCUUCACUCACUUGACUUCAGCACAGCUUUCUUACAGGGCAGCCUGCACGAGGAGAUCUGGCUGCGUCGCCCUCCUGGCUUCACUGGGUCGGUUCCUCCUGGUACCCAGUGGAGGCUCCAGCGACCGGUCUACGGUCUCCGCCAGGCGCCGCGUGAGUGGCACGACACACUGAGGACUACACUUGCGGCUCUUGGGUUCACUCCUUCUACUGCUGACCCGUCGCUGUUUCUACGCACCGACACCUCGCUGCCGCCGUUCUACAUCCUCGUGUACGUCGACGACUUGGUCUUUGCCACUGCUGACACUGCGGCACUCGCCCACGUGAAGUCGGAGCUGCAGAAGAGACACACGUGCACAGACCUGGGUGAACUGACAAGCUAUCUUGGCUUGCGGAUCACUCGGGACAGAGCACGGCGCACCAUCACCUUGACUCAGUCACACAUGGUGCAGCAGAUCCUUCAGCGCUUCCGCUUCACGUACUCCUCACCUCAGUCCACUCCUCUGCCUACCGGUCACUCGCUCUCAGCUCUUCCUUCGGAUGAGUCCGUAGAGCCGAGUGGCCCGUAUCCAGAGCUUGUGGGCUGCCUCAUGUACCUGAUGACCUGCACUCGACCUGACCUGGCAUACCCUCUUAGCAUCCUUGCACGCUAUGUCGCUCCUGGCCGUCACCGGAAGGAGCACAUGGAUGCCGCUAAGAGGGUGUUGCGCUACUUGUGCAGUACGUCGGGCAUGAGGCUAGUGCUUGGAGGGCGAGACCGAGUUGUACUUACUGGACACUCAGACGCUUCUUGGGCGGACGACCAGGCUACUCAGCGGUCGUCUCAGGGUUACACCUUCAGCCUUGGCUCUGGCUCAGUUUCUUGGCGUUCUACACGCUCUUCUUCUGUUCUCAGCUCCAGUUGUGAGGCUGAGAUCUACGCCACAGCCAUGGCGGCCCAGGAGCUACGCUGGCUGACCUACCUGCUGACCGACUUGGGAGAGCGGCCUCGUUCUCCUCCAGUGCUGUACGUCGACAACAAGGCUGCCAUUGCCUUGUGUGAGGAGCACAGACUGGAGCACAGAACGAAGCAUAUCGCCCUGCGGUACUUCCUUGCUCGAGAGCUGCAGCAGCGCGGUCAGCUUCGUCUGCGUUACGUGGCCACCGAGGCCAACACUGCUGAUGUGUUCACCAAGGCGCUUCAGCCUUGUGACCAUCAGCGCUUCUGUACUCUUCUAGGCCUUGUGCCUGCUGGUCCUCACUUGCUUACUUCUUGA